AUGUUGGAAAGAACUCUGGCGUACCUAGUCAAAAGUCUGACACCAGAUGGUAUUGAGUUACAUUUUGCCAACAGUCCCGAGCGCAAAGGUCGUAGCAAGGAUCGAAAAAGUCUCAUUAGGAAGUUUGAGAUGGUGAAACCAUACGGUCAAAGCCAAAUGGGUAUCGCACUCAGUAAUAUCCUUCCACCCUACUACCAAAACCAGCAACAGAGCGCGGCAAGCAAGCGAUUCUCCUUUGCCCCACGAGUAGAGGAAAAGCCCUCAGUCAACAUCUACAUUCUCACAGACGGCGUAUGGUCGCCAGGUUCAUACUCCGUUACCACCAUACAAGAUCACAUCAAGAACCUGACUAAGAAUCUGUGGAAGGCUGGCAAGUUGCAGCAUGUCGGUAUUCAAUUCAUCCGCUUCGGGAAUGACGCGCUUGGGAAACAGCGCCUCGAAUAUCUCGACAACGACAAUUUACAGCAUUAUACUGUUCCUAUGGACAUUGUCGAUACGGAGCCGUCCACUGGCAAUGUCUUCAAGAUGAUACUCGCGAGCACGGAUCCUUCCUGGGAUAACGACGACGAUAAGCCCAGCGGCUGA